GAGGAGGGAAGGUGAUAGAAAUAAGGAAACAUCCAAAUGGUUUUAAUUAUUUUUCCGUGGUCUUAGGAGGCGACGGAUUGGCAUCAGAGCCGGAGAGGAGAAUGAUAAGGUGAUGGGCGGCGGAUUCAUUUGACCACGGACUUCGGUGAUUUCGAUCCUUCCCCUGUCUCUCUCUUUCUGCGCGGCGGAUUCUAUUCAAUCUGCUGCGGCCCUCGGUUUCUGCAUCCGGUUCGGAGAACUCAGAUCAGUACCUGCCUUCUAGUUCGGUGCCUAUUUUAUUUCUGGUUUUUUGGGAUUUUGGGAACGCCAAGUUCGAGAUUUGGGUUGUUUUGGCGGAGUUUGAAGGGAUUUCGAGCGUUGUUUGGUGUUUUGGAGGAGACCUGGAUCGAGAUUUGGGUGAUUCUGGAAUAAAGUUGAGAUUUGGAGGGUUCUUCCGCAUCGGGAUUUGGCUGGCGAGAAAUUAAUCGUAAUUUUAUAGAUUUUUUCCUUCUCUUGAAAACCCUAUCAUCUCCAAGCAGAUGUUUUUUUUUAACUAAUUCGAAAAUGAAGUCUUCCAGAUUCUUUCUUGCGAAAAUAAAUGUUUUUUUUUUAAAAAAAAUUAUAGAGAGGUUUAUUGUGGAACUUUUGGUUGUUUGGCUCCAGAGACCUUCUGUGAUCCUUGGAGAUGUCUGGAGUGCAAGAGCCGCUUGAGAUCAAGUUUAGAUUAUUCGACGGGUCUGACAUCGGUCCCAAGAAGUAUGCGCCUGCUACCAGUGUUGCCACCCUCAAAGAAAAUAUCAUUGCUCAGUGGCCAAAAGGGAAGGAGAAUGGUCCAAGGACUGUGAACGAUCUGAAGCUGAUUAAUGCAGGGAAAAUAUUAGAGAACAAUGGAACUUUAGCCGACUGCAGGAGCCCAAUGUAUGAUUUAUCUGGGGUUACAACUAUGCAUGUUGUUGUUCGCCCCCCUUCUUCCGAAAGAGGGACUGAGAAGAAGGCAUUGAGCAAGCAAAAGCAGAACAGAUGUGGUUGCGUUAUCUUGUAAUGUGCUCUUUCGAGAAAAGUAGCAGGAAGAUCAGCUGGUUGCCUCACUCAAUUAUCUUGUCUUGUUUGUAUGGUGCAUGAGAUUGCCAACUAAUGGAGGUUUCUCCGCAUUGAAUGUGGUGUUGGAUCUGGCACAACAAUGACUACAAAGUGGCUCAAGUCUCGUAUAAGCAUAAGCAUCGAUAGAACAUUCAGAAUUUUUCAAAAUUUUGAUCCACUGCAGAUCUUCAUGCGAGUCUUGGCUUUCUUGAUAAAUUUGCUGUUAUAAUGUACAUUUCAUAGCAAUCAAUUUCUUACAUCCCCAGAC